AGCUACUUGUACGCAGGGAGAAACGCAGCCGAUUUUACGCUCGACGAUGGGGUGCAUGCGUACAAGCAGCUCAUUCACGCAUACAUCGCCCAGAGUUUAAAUGAGCCUUGUUUGGUGCCAUUACUUCAGUUCAGCCACAGACCACUCUGUGCGCGUCUCUCGGAUACUUCUGCUCAACCUCACUGGACAAUACAACCUACUUUAAUAAUAGCAUAUGUUGCAUUUGGAACUACAAGACACCUGUCUAGAUGGAAUUAACGUUGUAUCUAAUACUUAUCGGGAGUGGUUGAAGAAGAAGCGCUUGUUUUCCUCAGAGGAAGUUCGGAGUGGAUGGUUUUCUUUCUGACUAUGGAAUUAAGGCGAUCAAUGAAAAGUUGGAUUGUAUAAACAGCGACUCAUUGCCUUGGAUCCAUAAAAUGGGAAAAUAAAGCGUGUAACUCCCCAAGCUUAAGAAGGAGAACGUAUUUGGCACCACCACACAGGGAGAGGAAAUGCACAUAGCCUGGGUACUCCUUAUUCUGAUAGAAGAGGGAUUUGCCCUGGCACAGAGAACUAAAGAGUCCAUUUCUCAGAAUGAAGGCAGUCCACCUCAGAAUCUUAACGAAUGUGGCAUCUGGGUCCGCAACAUCAACGGGGGAGUCUUCACGUCCCCCAACUACCCCAACACAUAUCCCCCUAACAAGGAGUGUGUUUACAUCUUGGAAGCUCUCCCUCGUCAAAGAAUCCAGUUGGCCUUUGAUAAGAACUACUACAUGGAGCCCUCCUUUGAGUGCCGCUUUGAUCACAUCGAGGUGCGGGAUGGUCCGUUCGGCUUCUCACCGAUCAUCGACCGCUUCUGUGGGUCGAAGAACCCAGGCCUGGUCACCUCCACGGGCCGCUUCAUGUGGAUCAAGUUCAGCAGCGACGAGGAGCUGGAGGGUGUUGGGUUCCGUAUCAAAUACACCUUUAUAGCAGACCCAGAUUUUCAUCUGCACGUGGGUGGACUGUUAAACCCGAUUCCAGAUUGUCAGUUUGAGAUUGCUGGCUAUGAUGGUGUUAUCCGCUCCAGUCAGGUAGAAGAGGAGGAUAAGAUUAAGACUGGUGAUGCUCUGGACUGUAUCUGGACCAUCCGCGCUCCUCCUCAGUCCAAGAUUUACAUUCGGUUCCUGGAAUACCAGAUGGAGCACUCCAACGAGUGCAACAAGAACUUUGUGGCCGUGUACGACGGCAGCAGUGCCAUCGAAAACCUAAAGGCCAAGUUCUGCAGCACCGUGGCUAACGACGUCAUGCUAACCAACGGGGUGGGAGUGGUGAGGAUGUGGGCCGACGAGAAGAGCCGACUCAGCCGCUUCCAGAUGCUCUUCACCUCAUUUGUCGACCCCCCAUGCAAUAGCAACACAUUCUUUUGCCAUAGUAACAUGUGCAUCAAUAACUCCUUGGUGUGUAAUGGGGUACAGAACUGUGUCUACCCCUGGGAUGAGAACCAUUGUAAGGAGAAGAAAUCCAAUGGCCUGUUCCAUCAGAUCACUAAUACCCACGGCACGGUGAUCGGCGUGUCUUCAGGCGUGGUUCUAGUCCUACUCAUCAUCUCCAUCCUGGUCCAGAUGAAGCAGCCCAGGAAGAAGUUGGUAGCUCGCCGGCCAGUCUUCAACAAGGCUGGCUUCCAGGAGGUCUUUGACCCUCCCCACUACGAGCUCUUCUCCCUCCGUGACAAGGAGAUCUCCUCUGACCUGGCCGACCUAUCAGAGGAGCUGGAGAGCUACCACAAGCUGCGCCGCUCCUCCACCACGUCUCGCUGUGUCCACGAGCACCAUUGUGGCUUGCAGGCCUCGGGGAGCAGCUUGAAGCAGAGCCGCACCACCCUCAGCUCCAUGGAGCUCUCCUACCACAACGACUUCUCCAAGCCCCCGCCCAUGAAGACCUUUAACAGCACCUAUAAGAAAAGCUGCUACGGCUACAAACAGACUCAUGAUUGCGCCGAGAAGGUCAUUGAAGACCGCGUCAUGGAGGAGAUCCCCUGUGAGAUCUACGUCCGCGGCGGAGCGGCCGGGCCAAGUUCUGGACCAGGAGGCUGUGGCACCCUCAGCUCCCGCAACGGGGGCCGCAAUAACACCAGCAUCGUCGACCCCCAGCAGCGCUCAAUGUCCAUGGACUUCUAGGUGAAGAGAGGAGAGGGGGAAGAAAAGGAGGAGAGGAACCUGACUCAUUUAUUUUCUGUUUUCCUUCUUUUGAUCAGUAUAAUAGGGAAGACUCUCGCAUGCAGAUUCAGCCUUUCCCCUGUAUGCUCAAAAGAACUGGACACUGCCACACAGGGAAACAGAGACACCGAUGAAAAUUACUUUAGACUGUUUGCUGUAUUUACAUUCAUUCACAUGUCAAGCACAGAUAUAUUAUUCUUCUCAUAACUUAUUUUCGUCUUUAUUUUCGUCUAUGUACUGUAUAUUAAAACCAGAAUAUCAAGCUUCAUGUUGUUGCUUGGCUUUUAACCCAUUAAUUUGAUAUUGUUUGAUUUGAUAAAAAUUUGCAUAUAUGAUGACAAUGAUUUGAUGCGGGUUAUGAUUACCACACACACACACACACAUCCACACACUUGCAGAGCCCCAAUGAAUAUUCCAUGUCUCGAGAGAACACCGUAAAUAUACAUUCAGAAGUGUCAGAUUUUCAUGUAUAAUAUCUAGACAGAUGUGUGCUUUUUAACAUCUUGGGUCCAUUUGGAGAUUUUUAAGUUCAGAUGUGGACUAUAGUGGUGAACCCAGAGGAUAUAAAACAGAGGGAAUCUAUAACGGGAUUGGGAUGCCCACACAAACUCGCCUGGUACAGGGUUGAGUUUCCAUGAACUUUUGAUAAGAUAGAUGAGCUAAAAGGGUCAUAUAGGAGUGGGUAACGAAUUCAGAGUGAUGUGAAAUAGUAGCCUAAAUAGUUUAGCGACUUUUAAUUCAGAAACGUUGUUAUACCUGAAUGGUGGAAUAAGGACUUCAGAUUGUGUCUUCUGAGCUGACAUUUAAAACAAGCACAACCUGUUGCAUCAGACAGACAUGGGCCACCAUUUAUUAUUUCAAUCAUUGGUUGUAGGAUUUCAUUGUUUCAUUAAAAGAGACCUUACUCACCUACCUGUGUCUGCCUUUCAUUUCAGAAGUAAACACUGACAGUUGCUCUACAUAAUAAAUAAAUAAAAUACCAAAACCCCACAACUUAAUGAAACAGCAUAGGAAUUGCAAAUAAUGAAAAUGCCCUGAAGUUAUGUUUUUGUUCUGUUGAUGUGUACAAAUACAUAGUAUUCUUAGCCAUUUUAGAAGAAUUUCAAAUUAGUCUCCAAUUCAUUAUGUUUAUUGUAAUUAAUGACCAUGAUUUACUCUGCUGAGUCAUAUAAAAAUGUAUUUAUAUGAUUAUAUUAUACAUGGAACUGAUGUAAUUAAAAAAAAGUUUUGUGCAA